AUGGAGCAUUACGACGUGGCAGUUGUCGGCCUGGGCGCCCUCGGUAGCGGUGCCGUGUAUCAUUCGUCUAUCAAAGGAGCAAAGGUCAUCGGAUUCGAACAAUUCGAGUUUGGACACGUCCGCGGUGCAUCCCAUGACACGUCACGUAUCGUACGGAAAUCCUAUGGAGCACCCGAAUACGUAGCGCUGGCCAUAUCGUCAUACAAGGACUGGGCCGAACUGGAAAAGAGAACCGGACAACAAUGGUUGACAGUUACUGGUGGAAUUACCAUGUUUCCCAAAGGAUCUCCCAACCUCGCAAGCUCCUACUCGGACAGUCUCGACGCCUGCAAUGUCCCGUAUGAGCUUCUGACACCAGAGGAUAUCAAGAAACGCUGGCCGCAGUUCAACGUCCCCGAAGGCACGCAAACAGUAUACACAUCAGACACAGGCAUCGUACAUGCGUCUCGUGCGGUCGCAGAGAUGCAAUUCCAGGCUCGUAUUGCAGGAGCUGUGUUGAAGGAUAGAACGAGAGUCGAUAAGCUGACUCCUGAUGAUACCGGUGUCAUCAUCGAGACAUCAAAAGGUCGCUAUCAUGCUGGCAAGGUCAUCAUCGCUGCUGAUGCUUGGGCUAAUAAACUGCUUGCGCCCCUUGGCGAAGAAGUCCCCCUCGAUGUCAUGCAAGAGCAAAUCACAUACUUCAAGCCCAGCGACCCGGAUGCUUACGAGCCGGAGAAAUUUCCUGUAUGGGUCUGGGCCGGCGAGAAUUGGUUCUACGGGUUCCCAGCAUACGGCGAACCGACCUUGAAGGCAGGACGCGAUGUGUCUUACAACAGAAUGACGACUGAGCAGCGUACCUUCGUUCAUUCUGAAGAACUGCUGAAAGAACUCAUUGGUCUGAUGGAGAACAUCAUCCCUGGCAAAGGGCAGACGCUUCGAACGAUCACGUGCCAGUACACAAUCACGCCGGAUCGCCAAUUCAUCAUCAGCCCGUUGGAAAAGCACGAAAAUAUAAUUCUCGCGCUUGGUGCCGGGCAUGCGUUCAAGUUCGGACCUACAAUUGGUCGGGUGACGGCGGAGUUGGCGAUCGAUGGGAAGACCACCGAUGAUAUAUCAAAAUUUGGCCUGCCAAAGGCUAAAGCGUUACCCUCAAGUAAAUUAUAG